UGCUCAAACGUGGCACAAAAAGCUGUACCAUAUUAUCUAAAAACCUUCAGAGAAAAGCAUUUUUUAUAUCAUACUUUCUAUAUUUCUAGGCUUCAUAUAAACCAUAAAUACCACAUUUUCCAUUGACUGGAAUACAGACUAUUGAAGCAAAUUUGGUGAAGAUGGGAAACAGCAGAAUUCUGAUAAUCGGAGCAACAGGCUACAUUGGCCGCCAUGUAGUCAAUGCAAGCCUUGCUCAAGGCCAUCCUACUUUUCUCCUUGUUAGAAGUUCUACAGCUUCUAAUCCUGAGAAGGCCCAGCUGCUAGAUUCAUUCAAAUCCUCUGGAGCAACUAUACUCCAUGGAUCCAUAGAUGAUUAUGCAAGCCUUGUAGAAGCCAUCAAGAAGGUGGAUGUAGUCAUUUCCACAGUGGGUGCACCACAGAUAGCAGAUCAAGUCAAUAUCAUCAAGGUGAUCAAAGAAGUUGGAUCUAUCAAGAGGUUUCUGCCUUCAGAGUUUGGGAAUGAUGUUGAGAGAAACCAUGCAGUGGAGCCAGUUAAGAGCAUGUUCGACUUGAAAGUCAAGAUACGUCGAGCUAUAGAGGCAGAAGGCGUUCCAUAUACAUAUGUCUCUACCAACUGUUUUGCAGGCUAUUUCCUUUCAGGCUUGGCCCAGCCUGGCCUUAUAGCUCCUCCAAGGGAUAAAGCUGUUAUUUAUGGAGAUGGCAAUAACAAAGCUGUGUAUGUGAGGGAGGAAGACAUUGGGACAUUCACAAUCAAGGCUGUGGAUGAUCCAAGAACCUUGAAUAAGACCCUCUAUUUGAGGCUUCCAGCCAAUAUUUACUCCACUAAUGAGCUUGUAGCACUAUGGGAGAAAAAGAUUGGGAAGAUUCUGGAGAAGAUCUAUCUGUCUGAGGAGCAGGUUCUUAAAUUAAUUGAAGAGACACCUUUUCCAGGGAAUAUCUUUUUGGCAAUCUUUCACACCAUAUAUGUGAAAGGUGAUCAGACUAAUUUUGAAAUCCCAUCUGAUGGUGUGGAAGCGAGUGAGUUGUAUCCAGAUGUCAAAUACGUUACUGUCAAUGAGUUCCUGAGUCAGUUUGCUUGAAUUAUAUGAGACACUCUUGGAAGAAGUCAGAUAUUAGGUAGAUGAGAAUAAAAGUUUGAAUCAUUACAGUUAGUGAAAUAUGCAUACUAGGUAUGGGCAAUUGCGCGAUAUGGUGUAUUAAGUCUACAGAGGUGGGUCUCUUAUAUGUCAUAAUGCAGAGCAAAUCUUUAUUAUAUAUGUUUGAGAUUUUCAUUUUUAA